AUGGAGUUGGAGAUAUAUACCGUCACCAAUAGUCAAGAGCUGCGAAGCGUUGCGCUACCAACCUGGCUUGGUGGCUUGGUGCAGAUGAGUGAACCAGUCUUCGAGUGUGACUUGACUGAAACGGAACGUGGUUUGGCAUCGAGUAGUGGCUGUCCCUUAGAUUUUCCGAAGAGUGUCCCAUUAGUGCUGCUGCUAACUGCAUUUGUGCUCUGCUUACACGGCCAAGCGGAUGCCGCUAAAAUAACAACAACAAAGGCAGCCAACACAAGCAUGAGUCACACAAAUUCGAGUAAUGCGGAACCAAUUAGUGCUACUGAGAAGCCAACAGUGCCAUCAACAGUUGCUGUAUUGCCAGCUGGUGCAAUAACUGAGGCAAAAUCAGCACAUGAAAGGGACACAGAAGUCGAUAGCAGUGAUAAUGACGAUGACGAUGAUGAUGACAACGACGAUGAUGCAGAUGAGCAGGUGGAUGCUUCUAAGCCUUCGAAAAGUGCAACAGCGUUAACGCCAGCUGAGAAAGAUGACGACACAACCUCAACGUUCAGCGUUUGGGGAAUGGUGCGAAAUGUAUGGAAUUGGAUAAAAGACGAUUUGAGUGAAAGCCUCUUUGGUGAUGAGAAUGCUGAGGCAGCAGCUGCGACAAAAGCAUUGGUACGGCAAGUGCGCGAUGUCUCCGAUGCAGCAAAGGCGGCAGUAGAGAGUCGUACUUUUGGAAAAAUUCGGCGCCUACAAAUGGCUCUUAUUCCAUUAAUUUUCAAAUUUGGUGUACUCACCGCCAUGGUUGCUUUCCUCAUAAUGCUCGGCAUGAAAACACUAUUUCUGGUCAAAUUGCUUGUACUGAUGAAUGCUGCUGCCAUACUUGCGAAAUUCAUCACGUUGAAAUCAAACUUUGUAAGUCAUGAACACUCCGCACCCACAUGGAACUAUCAGUCUUGGACGCCACAUGCAUCAGGUGGGUGGGCUGCCUCAGCGCCAGCGGCUACAUAUUCACAUGCGCAGGAACAUCAGCCAACAAAAGAAAUACACUUGCACAUACAUGGUGGACAAGUACAGGGUUAUGGUGCUGGUGGGCAAGGUAGUGUGAGUGGUGGACAUGGCUGGGAGAGUCGCAGUGAUCCUUAUGGUACAUAUGCACCUACGCACGAGAGUGAAGCAGAUAACGAACUUAACAAUAGGGGUCCCAUGUUACCAUCCAGAUAUCCCACAAAUCAGCUCUACUAG